AUGAUUGAACGAGUCAACGUGACGCUCCCGAUUCCGUUGCUAUAUACUACAUGCCGUACUCCGGAGUGUGGAGACCCCAAAAACCAAGACCUUUACGAACAUGACGUGACACAUAAAGAGGAAUCACUUUUCAAUAAAACCCAUGAUAUUCUGCUAGAAAAUAGAACUUGCAAGAUGAUCAUAAGCUCUAGAAAAGUGCAAAGAAGGCAAAACACUGCUUGCAGGGAUGAGAAUGAACCUAAGGGUAUAUGUUUCCUUUCGGAUCAACGUGAACGAUAG